AUGGCCUCCAAGUCCACCACUGUUGCCCUGAUCACUGGGGCCAAUCAGGGCAUUGGUCUGGCCGUGGCCACCAGCCUGGCCAAGAACCACGGCUACCAUGUGAUUAUCGGAUCACGCCGCCUCGAGACUGGCCAGGCCGAGGCAGACAAGCUGACGGUGGCCGGCUACGCAGCUUCAGCCGUGCAGCUGGACGUCACAUCGGACGCGUCCAUUAACGCGGCCGUCGCCACCAUUGCGAUCACGUUUGGGCGGCUCGACGUGCUGGUGAACAACGCGGGGGUCCUGCUGGACAGCGGCGCUGCAUUUGCCAAACGAGAGGAGCUGCCGGUGCGCGAGAUGUUCGAGCAGACGUUCCAGACGAACGUGUUUGGCGUGGCCGUGCUGACGGAAGCGCUGCUGCCGCUGCUGCGCAGGGCGAUGCCUCCAGGUCCACGGCUGGUGUUUGUCUCCUCCAGCAUGGCUUCGCUGCAACUGUCGACAGACAAGGAGACGGCAUGGUACAAGUUCGACUACAAGUCGUACGACGCGAGCAAGGCGGCGGUGAACAUUCUGAUGCUGAACUACGCACGGAUCCUAUCCGAUGAUGGCGGCAUGGUCAACUCGGCAUGUCCCGGGCUUGUCAGCACCAGCAUGACCUCAAACACGCCUUACGGCCAUAGUGCCGACGUCGGCGCGCAGCGCAUCGUGGAGCUGGCCACGCUUGGAGCGGGCGGGCCAACUGCAACGUUCUCUAACAAGGACGGACCGGUGCCGUGGUAA